AUGAAAAAUAUUCACGAAUCGUCAGCUAACGAUCUUCGUGGUCAAGCGAAUAAAAUUGAUUUCGUAUUAGAUGAAAAAAUUAACGAAACAAUUAAAAAAUGCAUUCAACUUGAAAACAAUUUGACGGAGUGUCUGCGAUCAAUAUCAAAAACAGAGGAAUUAUUAGAUAAAAUUAAUAAUAAUGUGAGAAAUUUUGAUCGAGCAAUGAAAUUAACUCAAACAUGUUUGAAUGAACGUCAACGUCGUGAAUCCGUUGAAAAUUGUCGUGACAUUCCUCAAAUGGGAUUGAUUGACAGUGGAAAAAUACUUGCUGAAAAUGUGACUAAUAUUUUGGGACAAAAAGCAAAUGCCGAAGAUGUUCUUGAUAAACUAAUUAAAUCACGGAAGGAAAUAGAGAGUGAAUUGAUUAUUAGAAAAAAUACUCUCAAUAUAGAUCGUGAUCGUUGCGUUUCAAUACGAUCUCAUUAUCCUAGUGUUCAAUGUUUAGCUGGAUAUUGA